AUGCACAGCAAACGUAAUGCUGCAGUAUUGGCAGUUCCACCUUAUAUCUUCCUUGGACCUUAUACGUCUGCAUCGAGAUCUUUCAUCGAUUCAGCAGGCAUUACCCACAUCAUCAGCAUCGGUAGGGCGCCUGUUUGUCCCAACCACCCUCAUGUCCAAUACUACCGCCUGCAACUUUUGGACAAGGAUAUAUCCUCCAUCUAUACGGCUAUUGAUAGAGCCAACCAGGUCAUCGCUGAUGCUAGGAACAGCGGAGGGAAGGUUCUCGUGCACUGCGUCGCAGGGGUGUCCCGCUCUCCGACGAUUAUCGCAGCAUACCUCAUCUCGAGAUGUUCUAUGUCGCUGAAGGACGCACUUGGGCUGCUCGUGCGCGCGAGGCCUGUGGUGUGUCCGAGACCAGGGUUUAUCGCGAAGUUAAAGGAUCUAGAGAUAAGGGUGAGGGGACAUAGUUCACUCGAUGUGGACGUUCUUCCCGGCUCGAAGGAGGCGCGCUUGGUGCUCCUCGGUGGUUGA